AUGCGGGCCCGUUUGGAGCAGCAUCUCGUCGGCUAUGGCCUUUUAUCAUUUGGCCUGAGUAGUGUGCACAACUUGAUGCUCGUUUAUCACGUUGAUGCCUAUAUCAAUGCUUUCAAGAUCGGCCAAGCCGAGUUUAUGACCGCCGAAGUCAUCUUCAUGGUCUGGAAUUGUUGCAAUGAUCUGAUUUGGGGUUGGCUCUCAGACAUGGUCUGCACGCUCGCAGCCCUCACUCACACACAUCCCCUGCACCUGCCGCGUUGCUCGUUUGCUGCCGUGGUCGCGUUCUCUUCCGCCCGGUGCAGGGGCCUGCAACUGGCGGGCGUUGGCCUGGCCAGCUCUUUUGUUUUGCUCUGGAAUCCCCUUCUACCAGUGGCGUGGCACUUUACGCUAUGUCUGGUUCUCUAUGACGGUUUCCUGACCUGGGUCGACCUGCAAAUUUCGGCCCUCUUGUCGGACCUGGUCAUCACCAGUGAGGAUCGGGCCACCUUGUCCAGUGCCGCGUCUGUCGGCUCUGUGAUUGGCACUAGUUCGCUGUUUAUAAGCAUGCUGCUGUGGGACCCCGUCAACAUUGGGGCCUUUCGAUGGUUCACGGCUUGCGUCGCGACCCUAUCCGUUGCAGCCUUUGCUCGCGGAUCAGCGCUGUUGCGGUGCGUGGCCACGGCUGGACGCACUUGCACACCGGCUGGUGGCCCACAAAAUAUGUUCAUCCUCUUGUGGGCAAUGCAUGCUGCCAAACCUCUCUCAAUGGCGCGGUUUGCGUGGCAAAUGGCCACCAAUGCCAACUUUAUGUGGUUUAGUCUACUACACCUGAUUCAGGUCUUUCAUUGUCACUUUAAUAGCAACUUUUUUCCACUGUUCUUGGGCGUCCUGCUGGGAGACCACUUGCCCAAAAGUCUGCAAGGCGUCUUGCUGUGCGUGUCCUUUGUGCUGCCACACCUCAACAACGUCAUGGUCAACCAGUUUGUAAAAUCACAUGGACUGUAUAACGUGGUGCGCCUCCUGCUCUUCAUCAAGCUUGGACUCGGUCUUUUGGCCGGGGUCUCGGGCUCCAUCCUGUGGGGCGUGAUCGCUCUUUUAGUGGCCAGCAACCGUGUUGUGACUGAGGGUACCUGCAAAAUCCUCAGUUUGGUCAUCACCGACUUGGUGGACGAGGACAUGGUACGGCGGUAUCGUCCCGCCUCCAUUGCCGCGCUCAUCUUUGGUACGGCCAACUUUCUCUCCAAGCCGGGCCAAACCUUGGCCCCGAUCGUUGGAACCAUGAUGAUUGACGAGCAGGUAGAAGGUGGCCUCUUUCAUCAACACCAACAUCAGCAGCAACAGCAGGCAGCGGGGGAUGCCAAUCAAGACCAACUUCGUGCCGUGCUGCUGCAAAUGCUGUGGAUGGUACCUGUGGGCUGCGCAGCCAUUCAAUUGCUGGCAUGGAGCCGCUUCACCCUGCACGGUCCUCGCCUUCAGGCGGUGCGUCGGAUUGAUGUUCCCGUCCUGCCGACCUUUCAUGCCUACGUGCAUCAGAGUGCUUGCUGA